AUGACAUCACUUGUUGGAUUAAACCGUCAACGCGGAGCGCUAAAAGUAAAAGUAGAGAAAUUGUGUAAGUUCGCAUCUUUAUUUACCCUGGAUAUUGAAGAUGUGACAGAAACAGAAAUUUUGCUAAAAAGCAAAAUGAAAGCAGUUCUCGAACUGAAAUCAGCACUUGAAGAGAUGCUCUUGUCCUACACAAGACUCCCGGAUGAAAUCGAUCUAAAGGACGCUCUAUCCCUGACAAUGGAGCUUCAAGACGAACUGGAUCAAGCAGAGGUAAAAAUUAAUAUUUUCCUCUCGAAAUUAAACUGCAAUUCUUCUAAUGAAGAAACUGUUAAAAAUGUAAACAAAUUUAAAAUUCCCGACUUACCCUUACCCUCAUUUUCGGGAAGGUAUGAAGAUUUCCAGAACUUUAAAGUUCAGUUCAUGUCAAUAAUCGGGAAUAAUCCUGAACUAAAACCCACGCAACAAUUAUGCUAUUUAAAAGGUUGCUUAAAGGGAGAAGCUAAAAGACUUGAAUCGUCUCAAGAUACAUAUGACUCUCUUUGGUCAUCUUUAGAAGACAGAUAUGAAAAUAAACGCGCAGUGAUAGAACAUUAUGUGCUUAAAAUAUUAACUAUGUCUAAGAUUCAAGACUCUCCUAAUCAGUUAAUGCAACUGAUAGAUGAUACAAAAUGUCAAAUCCGCGCAUUAGAUUUACUUGGAUUGAAAUCUAAUGAACUGUCAGACACAUUAAUUCUGUACAUCUUGUUUCAAAAAUUAGAUCCAGAUGUCAGAAAGAGUUUCGAAAUGAAACUAAACAAAAAUGUCAUUCCGAAACUGAACGAUUUCUUAAGCUUUUUAGAAGAGCGUUCGAGAAUAAUUCAAGCGUCUACUUCUCAAACGCAGAAAAAGAAGUUCCAAGUUAAUAUGAAACUUAGCUCCCAUCCAAACAGUGAAAACCACUCUCUUCUUCUGAAGAAUAAUAAUAAAACUAAGCAAUGUGUGAUUUUCAAUUGCAAUGAAACGCACCCCUUAUACCGGUGUGAGAAAUUUAAACAAAUGAAUUUAAACAAAAGAAUAGGCCUAGUAAUUAAGUAUAACUUUUGUAGAAUUUGUUUGAAUAACCAUCUUCCAAAUCCUUGCCUUUCGAAGAGCAAAUGUUUCAUUUGCAAUAAGGCUCAUCAUAGUCUGAUUCAUUGCAUCGAGCAAGAAAAAAAUGAAGACGCCAAUACGUCUUCUCAAGUAGGCGAUAUAUCAAGUCCACCCCUCCCUUCCUUCCCUUCUACUUCAACCUCCUUACUAGCGCAUGAGAAUCAGAAAAAUCCUUGCGUUAUUUUGAACACAGCUGUGAUUUAUUUGAAAAAUAGCAGUGGAUCAUUCAGUUCAUUUGUGGCUUCCUUAGAUUGCUGCUCAAGUGUUAAUUUAAUCACCACGAAUGCCGCAAAUCCUUUAGGAUUAAAGAAGCAAAAAACCCACGUUCCCAUUGCAGGAAUCAGUGAUUCCAUUUGUAAUUCAAAAUCAUUUAUUUCAACUGAGUUAUCUAACGAAACUAAAUCUAAAUUAUACCAUCUGGAUAUGUUAGUUGUUCCAAAAAUUGCUGUCUUCCCUUCAUGUCAUAUAAAUAUUUCCAAUUAUAAUUUUCCGUCAAAUGUGAAACUAGCGGACAAGGCAUGGAAUAUUCCAAAAAAGGUAGAUGUAAUACUGGGAGCCUCCCUGUUUUUUGAUCUUUUAGGCAAAAAUAAAAUUAAAAUUGAUAACUCACAAUUAUAUUUAGUUGAAACUGUAUUCGGUCAUAUCGUAUCAGGUACCGUUCCGCCAUCAAAAUCCGAUAAACCAUCAUGUAAUUCAUGUCUUCUACUUUUAGAAUCUGAGCGUUUGGACAAAGCAUUAACCUCCUUUUGGGAAAUUGAGCAGGUUGAUCAAACCAAACCAAUAGUUAGUGAAGAAUUGCGUUAUUGCAAUGAACAUUUUUUAAAUACUCAUUAUCGGAAGAAUGAUGGCCAUAUGGAGGAAAUAGUUGAAGAUAAAAAUCCUGAAGAGGGUUUUUUCUUUCCCCAUCAUGGUGUGCUCCGACCGUCCAGCACGUCAUCAAAAUUAAGAGUUGCUUUUGACGGGAGUUGCAAAACAACUAACGGGAAGUCACUAAAUGAUUUGUUAUUAAAGGGAGGAAUGAUGCAAGAUGAUCUCUUUGCUAUAACAACGCGUUUUAGAAAACAUAUUUGGGCGUUUACUGUUGAUAUCAAUAAAAUGUUUCGCCAAAUCGAAGUAGAUCCUUCUCACACUAAUUUCCAAAAAAUCCUGUGGAGAGAAGGAAAGGAGGAACCGGACAAAAUUUUUCGCUUAAAAACUGUCACAUACGGAUGUGCAAGCAGCCCAUAUCUUGCUACAAGAACGCUGCAACAACUUGCAAGGGAUGAAGAAAAAAGCUUCCCAUUAGCCUCGGAAAUCGUCCUCAACGAUUUUUACAUGGAUGAUUGUCUCUCUGGAUCGUCCAAUCUGACGAACUUCAAGGAAUUAACUAGACAAUUAUCUGAACUACUUCAGGCAGGUCAAAUGUGUCUACACAAAUGGCGUUCUAAUGCAGAUGUAAGGUCAUUAGACUGUCCAGAUUUCUCUUUCAAGGAAAAAGAUUUAGAUUCACCAGUGAAAACACUAGGACUGCUAUGGAAUAGUAACUCAGACACCUUUAACUUUAAGGUUACUGUGAACUUAAGCUCUACUUAUACAAAGCGAGAAGUGCUCAGCCAAAUUGCUCGCUUAUUCGACCCGUUAGGACUAAUCGGUCCGGUAAUAUGUCAAGCCAAAAUAUUAAUGCAACAGCUUUGGUUGCUAAAAUGCGACUGGAAUGAACAAGUUCCACCUGACUUUUUGUUGGAAUGGGACAAGUUUCUAAGGUCUCUUCCAGUUAUAGAAACAUUUAAUAUUCCAAGAUGCAUCCUUGUACAAGAUCCGACCUCCAUCUCAAUCCACGGUUUCGCUGAUGCCAGCGAAAGGGCGUUUGGAGCGUCAGUAUACCUCAAAUCCUCUAACUCGGACACUCAUAGCUGCAAACUUAUCUGUAGCAAAAGCCGAGUUUCACCUUUAAAGACGGUCAGUAUUCCCAGAUUGGAGCUGUCAGCGUGCCUCCUGCUAUGCCAACUGGUUCACAGAGUGAUGACCGCUCUCAAGCUUAAAACAGAUAAGGUGACAUUGUGGUCAGAUUCGACUAUUGCUCUCGCCUGGAUCUCCACCUCACCACACCUUCUCAAGACAUUCGUCAGCAAUCGAGUAUCAUUGAUUCAGGAACUUUCUAAAAAUUUUGACUGGAAACACGUGAUUUCCGAGUGUAACCCAUCAGACCCAUUGUCCCGGGGACAAGACGCCAUUUCGCUCUCUACGAACAAGCUUUGGUGGGAUGGCCCUGAGUUCCUUGCAGAUGACAACUGGACCUUCUACUCAAACCCAGAAUCUAAUUACAGUGAAGAACAUUUUGCGAAAGAACUGAAACAAAAUACAACUUCCCUGUUAACUGUACAUGACAACUUAUUUUUUGAGGACCUCUUUAGUAUUACUAAUAGUUUCUUGAAAUUAAUUCGUGUGGUUAGUUUACUUUUUAGGUUUCACAAUAACUGCAGAAAACCAGAAGCAGGAGUCAAGUCUUUCAAGUAUUAUUUCAAACGAACUGUAGGAGAUACAAUAUUAACCUAUGAAGAGUUUUUAACAAUUGUUAUUCAAGUAGAGGGAAUUUUGAACUCACGCCCUCUAACUCCUUUAACGUCAAAUAUUGAUGAUUUAGAUGUUCUAACUCCUGGACAUUUUCUCAUAGGUAGACCAAUUAAUACUAUCGCUGAACCUAACUUAACUGGGUUAAAUAAUAAUAGACUUAGUUUAUGGCAGAAAACAACUAAAAUGGUUCAAAAUAUCUGGAAGAAUUGGUCAAAUAACUAUUUGAGCACAUUAAUCCAGAGAAAUAAAUGGUUGUUUGCCAAACAAAAUGUAAAAAUUGGAGAUAUGGUAGUUGUAAAGGAGGAAAACCUUCCUACCUGUAAAUGGUUAUUGGGAAGAAUUAAUGAGAUAUUCUACGGAAAAGACAACCAUGUAAGAGUUGUUACAGUUCAGACUAAAAAUGGUAUAUACAAAAGACCAAUUACAAAAAUUGCAGUUUUGCCUAUUGAGAAUGUAUAG